UAAAAGAAUUUUUUUCCAAAAAAAAAAAAUAAAAAUAAAAAAUAAAAAAAAAUGCAACAGUCGCCUCCGCCGUUGGGCGAAAGCCUGCAAAAAUGCAAAAAACAACACUAACACCAACAACACCAACUACUAAGGCAGGCAUGUAUGUGUGUGUAUAACGCAUCAAGAGCCAUUGACCGAUAGCUAACCAUCAUCAGCAGUGAAAUAAUUAUGUUUGCUGACGCGCAAAGGGGGUUAUUCUAGUUCGUGCAAUAACACCAAGUCAUUGGCAAUAAUUGAAUUGAAACCAAAUACCAUAAUUCUGAUGUCAUAUGUUAUUGCGAAGGCGACUGUGACUGCCCCUUUUGCUUUCACUCAUUAUUGGCGGAGUGAUUAACAUUGUAUGUUUGUUUAGGGCUUUCGCGUGUAUGUCGAAUUUAAGAAGUAAUCGAUAUUAAUUAAAUAUUGUGGCACGCAAUGUAGCAAAUAGGCGACGCUCUUACAGCAAAGUGUAAAAUAUAAGCCGAAAUAAUGGGAAAAGGCGUUGAAUAAGUGCCAAAAAUAUUUCGAGCCAAAUAUCUAAAAAAAAUAUCUAUGUAUAGAUUAUUAAAAGAGCAGCAAAAUGUGUGUCUACGUAUAAAAUUAAAAGCAAAAAUAAAUAAAACAAAUUUAGAAAAAUGUGGCAACACACUUUCAGACACCGAUUUAAUUUUUCAACUUUACAGUUGGUGCAUUUUGAGGCUGGCUUAGCAUCUUCGGCCGUCACGAGAAUCGAAAUCAAUAUGUCGAGCUUUAAACGUAGCCAAGAAAAAUAUUAAAUACUAAUUUUAUAAUGUAUAAAAUUAAAUAUAAAUUUAAAAUUAUUUAAAUGUAAAUGUUAAUGUAAAGAUCCAAAUGCUGGUUGAGCCAAAAGCAUUAAAAAUUAAUUAAAUACUUAAAAUUUGAAAAAAAAAAAAAAUUGAAGAGAAAAUAAUAAUUACUUAUAAAAGUGUCAAAAGUGAAUAUACAUCAAACUUUGUUACCUAAUUUCAUAUAAAAUAAAUAAAAAAUAUAAUAAUCAUUUAAUCAAACCCAACAACAAAUAACCACUUCUAAAUACGAAUUACAUUCACUUCGUUGAAGCCAAAAAUAUGUGUUCCACUUAACUAUAAGCAAAACGAAAGGCCAAACGAAGCCUUAAUAAUAGCAAAAUCAACUGCAACAACAACAACAAACUCUCCCCACCAUCACACACUAUGGCCGGUCCACAAGUGCAACACUCACAUUCGCAGCGCCCAAACAGCGCCUACUACAUGGGUUUAAAUGGUGGUGGAGGUGGCAGUGGCGGUGGCGUUAGUGGUCAUCAUGUCGUCGGCGGUGCCGCGCAUACACACACAACAACAGCAACGAGUAUGAGCACAAGUAGUAGCGCGCACACAGGUUUGCAUGCGCUGCGUCAUAUGUCCAACGACAUGGAGUUAAUAUAUCGCGGCAAUAGCUCCAACGCAAGCCAUCAAGCAGCACAAUCCGCUCUGUCAUCGCAUGUCAUCCAGCAACAGCCCACCGUUGUUGCGUCGGGGACAAUAAUGGCGAGCAGCAGUAGCGGCGCUUUAGCUGGUGUUGACAGCGGCGGUCAGAUUGCUGGCAUAGCUAAUGUCGGGCAAGGGGCCAGUGAUGCUUUAAUUGUUCCUUCAAAUGCUGCGUUGAAACGCAACAAUUUGGCGUCGUCCAAAACGGCACAACGCAGUGUGGAAAUUGUCGUCGAUGCGUCGCAAUGUGGCACCGAUGCUGAUGGUGACGGUGACGGUGUGGAUGGUGACGGUACGGACGGCAAGUCAGGAGAUGACGUCGAACAGGGCCGUCGUGUAUCGAGGCAUCGGCGCCGGCCAUUGCAUCGUCGGUUUUUCAAUUACCUGCGAAAUUUGUUUCAAGGCAACGCCGCACAGAAUGAUUCCGAAUUGGAGGAAUUCGAGACACCCGCACGUUAUCGUCCUGAUUCCUUAAGUGCCCUCAGUCGUACAACACGCUUCACCGAGGAUGAGAUUAAACGAAUUUAUCGCGGUUUUAAGGCUGAGUGUCCGACUGGCGUUGUGAAAGAGGACACAUUCAAACUUAUCUACUCGCAGUUUUUCCCGCAGGGAGCCAACCCUACUCUGUACGCACACUACGUCUUCAACACACUCGAUCAGGAUCACAGCGGCAUUGUUAGCUUUGAGGACUUUGUUCAGGGACUUUCGAUAUUGUCGCGGGGCUCUGUGGAGGAGAAAUUACGUUGGACAUUCUCGUUGUACGACAUCAAUGGCGAUGGCUUCAUAACGAGGGAAGAAAUGACUGAUAUUGUGACUGCCAUUUAUGAGCUGAUGGGACGCUUACCGGACGAGUGUCCCGAGGAGGAGAAAAUCAAAUGCAAAGUCGAGCAUAUUUUCCAGAAAAUGGACAAAAAUCGUGACGGUGUAGUAACGUUAGAUGAAUUUCUGGAAACGUGUCGAAAUGACGAAGCCAUAUCACGGUCGAUGUCUGUAUUCGAUUCAGCGUUCUGACCAUAUCCGUUGGAGAAACGAGACGAGAGCACCGGCACGCACCGGCAACGCAAACAACAGUCAUUGGGUAGGGGCAAGGGUCUCAACAGAGGGGGAACUAAUCAUAGUCGCACACGUAGUAGUCGCAAUAGGCGCAAACAAUCAUCAUCACAACAACGUCAAAGUCAAGAGCAAAAAGUAUCACAACAACAACAACAAAUGCCACUGGAUGCGCAGGCGCAGCGCGACAAAUGUAAAAAGCCAGAUAAACGUAAGUCGAAUAAAAAAGUCCUACAAAUACAACUACCCGAUAAAGCACAGCCUCAGUCAGCACAGCCCGAAUCUAAAUUAGAGCAGCAACAACAACAACAGCAACAGCAACAGCACGAACAGCAACAAAUCGAUGCACUAAUAAGCCAAAAUUUAGCCAAUGAUAGCCACAAAACACAGCUGAGCGAAACUCGUUGUACACACAGCGUUGAUACGAUUGUAGCGCAUACUUCCAGCAGCGACACCUCCACUGCCUCCUGCGACAGCGAUAGUGAAGAAGCAGUCAGCGAGAAACUCUCAUCAAUGUGCCAUCACUGCCUUCGGCCACAAAUUGAAUUGCAGCUCCGUCAUCUACGUCCGCAGCAACGACGCCAAUGGAGUCGUCUACUGAAGCGGCAACGGAGCAAACCACGUAACAGUAAAUCGCGUAAAGAGGUUAGUUGGAGCGGUGGCAAAAAUGGCAAUGAUAGUGGGAGACGUGGUGGUGGUGGUGGUGAUAAUGAUGGUGCCGAUGCGAACGCGAUUGACUCCGGCCUUAAUCGUUACGGCGGCGCGAGCGACCAUAACCUGCCACCGAACGUAUAUGCGACCGGUGCACAUUGGUCGCGUCGAGAUAUCAGCGCGGCAGUACGGUAUCGUUGUCCACAGGUGGGACCAAAACCUGCACCAUAUCACUUCCACCAUCCGCAACAACUACACAAUGCAUAUCAGUUGCAACUGUUGCUGCAACAAUGCGAAUAUGUGCCGCCCUCGUACUAUCAGCAUCAGCCACAACAAUAUCAACAACCUUACUGUAGGCACCAAAUGGUAGCACAAAACAGUAACAACGUGGAUUACUACAACACCCCCAUCACCACCACUACAACAACGACAGCAACAGCCGCUACGGCAACAACUAUAAAUAUUGAAUGUGAGUCGCAAACGCAUUCACAAAAACAACAAGUUAGAAAUUUAAGCAUGCAACUAAAUCAAAAAUUUUACUCAACAACAACAACCACUAAAACUGCCACAUCGAGUGGGUGCAGUGAGAAUUGCUACACCAGCAACACCAGCUUAGUAGGGACGACAACGGUAGCCACGGCCAAUCGGCACAUAGUCGCUACGCAGCCGCAACUGCAGCCACAGCCGACAUCUCUGUCCAUUGAACGCGCCACCAGAGGUACUGUCAGUGACAGUGAGUUGCAGUUGCAGCAGCAGCAGACUACGGCCGAAUCGCCGUCACUGGUGAAGGUGCGCGCCUGGUAUACAGUGGCAAAACAGGGUGUCUCCUGCUAAUAAUAGUUUCAUAUUUCCAUCUUUCAACUCAACAACCACGUUUUAAUAGCUUUUUUUCCUUUGCAUUAAAAUCGUCUUUUCUUAAUGGUGUUUUAUUGUUGUGCUUUCUAUUCCAAAGUUGAUUGAAUUGCUAAGAAGAAUCAUUGUUCGCAUUUCGAUUCUAAGAAUUGUUAGAGUUGAGAGAGAUCUGUUCGAGAUGGAAGGUGCUUAGGAGGAUCGGAGUAUAUACCAAUUUGACAUUAGAAACCGUUAACAACUGAAUAGUCGUUGUCAUAAUUCCGUUUUCAAUGUAGCCUACUCUUGCUUUGACCUCCAAUCAAAAUAUUCUCAAAAUAAGUAUUAAAGAACUUUUUCAUUCAACUCAUAGGGAGACUAUUUAGAGCUCCCGCAGCAUCUUCUACAAAGAGCGUAUGUUUGUUACAAAUGUUAUUCAUGCUGACAUUUGUGCUGUAAAAAAUCCAAAAAUUUCCUAAUCAAUUUGCUUAUGAGAAUGAAUCUGAUUGGUCGUGCUCGAGUUGAGUUGAGUUGCUGCUACUGCUGGACAUUACCAGCGCACUUCGGCAAAUAAGCCCAUUGUGAUGUUGCUAUGAGGUUCCUGUGUGCCUUAUAAAGGCAGCGAGGUUUCCAAUUUUCGCUGAGGCUAGCUCUGCGAGACAAUGGAAGAAGUAUUCCCCGAGGAAAUUGUGUCAGGGCUGAACAGUAACAACGGUAGUGCUCAAUAGACUCCUUUUCUACUACGUCGCCACAGCUGCUGCUCAAAUUUGGACGUGCUGAAUUCAUCAAGCUCGUCUGAGAGAGUUUCUCUUUUCAUAGGCUUUCUAUAUCCAAGUACCUAAUUGAUAUAUACUCCUUUCUAUUUCGUCAUCCUCUGCCAAUAUCAAAAACAGCUUCAAGUAAUUUAUUGAAAGCCCCUCUGAAAAUCAAAAUAUGCUUUGAAAUUGGUUCCAACUUGUUUUGUGGUUUCCAUAAUUGCAGCGAUAUCUGCUUGAAAUCGUUUCUCUUCUUCUUUACCGCCUACGAGAUUAAAGCCAUUUCUUUUUCACCUUAUGGCGCCAAUGGCAGACACCAUGGGAAGCCAGGUUCUGCUUCACCUAAUCCUUCUAACGAAAUGUAGGUCUUUUUUUCUGCUUCCAGCAAUGCCCAAUCGUAAUUCGCUCAACCAUGUCAAUGUCAUUUAAUAUCUCAUACAGCUUAUCGUUCCACCAUAAGCAGUACACGUCGCAACCAAAUUGCAAACGUCCUUAAAUCUACCGCAAAACCUUACCCUUGAAAACUCUAAGCGCCGACUCCGCAGCAUAACCAGGAUGGGAAAUUUUUGGCAAAUUAUCGAGUUUUAUUUUUAUUUGUCGGGAGGAGACUUAACUUUUCAAUUGUCUACUCCA